AUGCCGUCCACAGGGAUUGCGUCGUUGCUGCCGUUUCUGUUGCUCCUGCUUGUGACGGUGCUCGAGCACGGUUCGCCCGUCGAGGGUUCUCCCUACCCGAGGCCAUUCCCCCAGACGAUGCGCCGAUUUCCGCGACGUAACGAUUUCGUCGCCUACAACCUACACCGCAUCAUCCGACCGCGUGAUGUGAACGACCUGGGUGUGGACCAGGCGCGGAAGGCUAUGCACGAUGUCCACGAAACGAUCGCCGAGGUGCAGCGCCUACUGGCUCUCGAUCCUUCGCUUCCCAGGCUCACAAGGGGAGAGAUCGAGGAGCUGUUCGAGAACGUGACGCGGGAGGAGUUUUCAAAGUCGUUGCGCGCCGGCGAUCACACUCGGGCCCAGCACAUGCGGGCCCUCAUGCUCGUGCUGCCAUACCAUGCCAACAACAUGUCGCCAGAGAGCCUGCAGCAGAUCUACACCCGUCCACCGGUGACGAGGAUCAUCGGUGCUGCGGAGCAGGGGCAACAAGCACCGGUUGCCCUGCCGAGUGUUGCCACGACCACCACCACCACGACGAGUACGGUUCCACCACCGGACACCACGACCGCUACCAUCCCGGUGACCACGAUACGCUUUACGACACCUCGGCCAACGACCUUCCACCCGGCGCUUCCCGAGCGGAUGCGCAACCCUUCGGCCGGUUCGGUACCGCUACGUCCGGAGGAACUCAACGACAUCCUGUCGGCGAUCGGACUGUCCCAAAGUCCUCCGCCAUCGUUCCGACCGAUGCCCCCCACUACCACCACCAGUACGACGACGGAGCCCACGAUCAGUAACUCGAUCAACGUGGACGAUCCGAAGGUCGCUCAGGAGCUGAAGGAUCUUCUCCGCUCGUUUGGCCUGCUUAAGGACUCGAAUGACGAUCGCCAGAACCUCGGGGUUCCACCGGCCGGAGUCGAGCUGCUGGCGGACAUCCAACCGUCGGCACUCGUGCUGCACGAACCACUGCGGGUCGAGGAGUCUUCUCCGAUGAUCGAGGAACCCACGACGACGACGACCACGACGACGGUGAAACCCGCCGCCGUUGGCCUAACGCAGGCCAGCAUCAAGGCGGACGACUACAUCGCCUUCAAGCCGCUCCCGGUCGUCGACGAGGGAAGUGAGCAACAGGCACGGGACGAAGAGAUGGACCAGCUGCUCCGGUCGUUUGGGUUGCUCAGCCCCGGUCGCAGCAAGAAGUCGAUGCAGCGCGCCGAGGUUGCGUCUCCGGCAACGCCCCCGCCAGCAAUGCGUACGAUGCCGGCGAUCGACGCGGACCUCGUGGCCCCGCAGCUCAUGUCCGUGCUCGGCACACUGGGCAUCCACACCCGAAACGGUGCCGGUCUGAGUGAACCAGUGCCUCGGCGGCAGAAAACUGGCCGCAAACUGGAACCCCCGAGUGGACUCGCUGAUGACGAUCGGUUCCACAACCACAAGCCUUCGGCACGGUUUCGCGUCAACAACGAAGACUACCGCAAACUGGAGCAGCUCUGGCAGACGGUGAAGGAACUGGAGAAGCUGAACGUGAACCUGACGGACGAAUCGCUCGACGUGCUCAACCCGAAGCACUACGACCUGAGCCCCGGACUGCUGGCCCACGGUCCCGAUCCGCUCGAUGGGGUCGACGCGAACGAGGAGCGAUUGAACGAGAUCAAGAAACGGCAGCAACCGAUCCCCGAUCAAGCUACCGAGACGACGACGGUGGCCUCGGAUGACGCGCCGGUAAGGUUCAGUCUGGAGCUAGACGCCUCCACCAGCAACGGCACCGGAACGGAAGCUACCGUUGCAUCCUCGUCGGAAAGGGAAGCCGGAACAACUGCGGCUACUUCGACGACAACUAGCGCCAGCAGCAGCAGCACCACCACCACGACGGAGAGUGGUCGCAAUGCUGCGCUAAAGGACUCGUUUCCGUCAGCCGAUCUGGCCGGUGACCCGGUGAACGAGGAACCGUUGCCGCCACCGCGCCGCAACGGAUUCUACUUCCUUUACGACUGGAACUCGUUCCUGGAGGUGGGCGAAGACCCAAACAAGGUCAUCAUUCGGUACAAUCCGCAGGCGGGCGAUCCGAGUCGGUUCCUUCCGGUGACCGUGCCCUAGUAGGGGCGAGCCGCCGCGGCGGUAGUGUUAGUGUAAAUAGUUACGGACCCUCGAGUAGUAGAGUUUGCCGCAGGAUAAAUUAUCCUUGUAUUUAUUGUGUCGGACCCCGGCUUUGAACUGCACCGGUAGGCGGCCACGUAGGGAGUAAUAAUGUUAGCUUACGGUAUCGGGGAACCAGGUGAUGGAUUAGUUAGUUUCGAGGCAGAUUUCCAGACACUUACGGAGAUAGUGUGUGGUAAGCUGCGGCGCGGUAC